AUGAAGCUCUCUCACUCUCUUCUGCUCACAGCCCUGAGCGCUUCAUCCUGCGCCGCGGCCGAGGACCUUCAGGAUGAACACCCAGUUCUCCUGCUCAGUGAAGAUGAGUCCUUUCACUUCGAGCUUCUCGUCCCCCUCGGCGAAGCCAUCGGCGGAGGCUCCGACAUCAACCCGAUGCUCCUGGCCGCAAAGAACAUCACCCCUGGAGACCUCGAUAGCUUCAGCGAAGUCUUUUACCAGCUCGCCAACGAGACCAAGGCCCAGGCUGAAGACCCUGCGUUUGCGUAUGACCCCGUCAAUGUGAGGGAUGCUUGGUUUUCCGCUGCGACGUAUUUCCGUCGAGCAGACUUUUACCUUCAUUCUGACUGGGAGGAUCCCCUCAUCAACUCCCUCUGGGAAGAGCAGACCGCUGCCUUUAACAAGGGUUUGGCUGCUCUCCCGCACCCCGGCAAACGUGUCCGUGUCAAGGCCGACAACUUUACCGUCGAGGCCAUCUGGUACACCGAGUCCGAGCACUCUCUGCGACCGACCAUAAUCAUGGGUAAUGGCUAUGAUGGUGCUCAAGAAGAUUUGUACCACAUUGUAGUCACUGGAGCCCUCGCCCGUGGAUGGAACGUUCUUACCUACGAAGGCCCUGGACACCCAUCCGUCCGCCGAAACCAAAACCUCGGAUUCAUCCCCGACUGGGAGCGUGUCGUCACUCCUCUUGUGGACUAUCUCCUUAACGAAAAGGCCGCCGCCGUCGACCCCGAGAAACUCGCUCUAUUCGGCUACUCAUUCGGAGGAUACCACGCCGCCCGCACCGCCGCCUUUGAGCCCCGAAUCAAGGCUGUCCUCUGCAACGGCGGAGUCUGGGACACAUACGAGUCUUUCAGCUCCGGCCUCACCCCCGAAAUGAAGGAGCUCCUCGAGUCCGGCAACAAGGAAGAAUUCGACAAGAUCUCGGAGAAGCUGCGAAAGGACCCCAAGACCCCCACGAUGUUCCGCUGGGGCAUGAACCAGGGUCUUUGGUCCUUUAACGUCAGGUCACCCUACGACUUUUUGCAGCUUACCAAGCAGCACACCCUCAAGGAUGUCGUUCAUCGCAUCAAGGCCCCCGUGUGGAUUGCUGACGCCGAGUUUGAGGGUUUCUUCAAGGGACAGUCUGCCAAGGUCAAGAAGGCACUUGGUGACCAGGCUGACUUGCAUGUUUUCCGGGGAGCUGCAGGAUAUCACUGCCAGACGGGUGCGGGACAGGAGAUGAUGAGGGUCAUGUUUGCUUGGCUGCACAAGACUCUCGGUGUGUAA